UUUAAAUUACAGAGUAUCGGUUAUGAUAUUGUUACUUACAAUUGGGAACACAAUCCUAUUUCUCAACAUGUUUGGAAACGAUCCAAUCGGACUAAAAUUGGGACUUGUGACGAACAAUAAUCCGUCCUGUUUGAGCGAUGGCGACUUCAUUGUAAAACAAGGAAGAAACUACGCUUGUGAAUUUAUACGGAUCCUAGAACACGAAGGAGUUAAUGUGGUCAAGAUGACAACUGAAUCAGACGCUUUGGAUAGCGUCACAUCGGGGCAAAGUUCCGGCUAUGUCGUAAUUCCGUUGAAUUUUACAUUUCACAGUAACAACCGGUUUGUCUGGAACAUCCACUCGGACAACGAAACCAUUGAAGGGUCCAAUAUUUCAGUCAAAUUAGACAACUCAGGUUCAGCAUACAUGAAUUCAUACUUUCUUACGCAAUCCCUGUACAACGCUGUCGUGAAAUUAUUUGGAGAAAUCGCUGCUGGACUCGAUGUCGACCAGAGGUUGGUCACACCACCAUUGGCGUUCCACGCAAUUUAUGGGAAUAUGGAUGACUCAUGGAACACAUUCUUGGCCCCAAUGGGAAUCAUGAUAACAUGGGGUUUCCUGUCGACUUACAUGGGACUCUUGCACAUCAAAGACCGAAGGGAAAGGACCCUUUCACGCACACUUGCGACAGGCGUAGACUUUAACCAAAUCCUGCUCUCCUACUACCUAGCCGAUAUCCCAGCAAUGGUGAUAUAUUGCGGCACAAUUGUGCUUCUAAUUUGGUGGGAUCGUGGCGAUGAAGUAAAAGGAAGUUGGACAUCGAUAUGCCUCAUUUUUAUACUUGUUCGCAUAUCGUUAUCCUCCGUUUCAUACCUUCUAACUGGAUUUGUUCGAAACGAGAUUGAAGGAAUAUUUGUGUCUCUUCUGUUCCUUUGGUCUGCCAUUUAUGCCUCGGAUAACCUCUGGCCCGUGGAAACUGUUGUGUGGUGGUAUCAACCUUUCUGCUAUUCCCUGCCUUUGACUUUCCCAAUUCGAAUCCUACGAUCCGUUAUGACAAGAGGGUGGAGUUUAUUUCAUUCGGCUAUAUUUCCAUAUGAAAUUGGAUAUCCGAUCUGCAUGACUAUUCUACUCACUUUGCUAACCAUUUUGCAUGAGAGGAGAAUUAGGUGAAAGUGAAAUAACUUUUACUGUGUAAUAUA